AUGGACGACUCUCUUGACACAGUUCGGUUUGACAUCGUGGCCCUUGCACCGAAUGAAGAGAGCCCCAAACUCCACCGAGAGCGUAUGCUCCCCAAGCUCAAAGAGGUUGGCAACACUGGUUCUUGGUCUGUUUUGUGUACGCCGCCCUAUGUCAGGUUCACGGGAUCCCGAGUCCCAGUCUUUCAAGUUCCUGCCGUGGUGUCACUGUUCAUCGAGAACUAUAAGAGCGUUGGUGCCAACUUUCAGCACAAGUUGGCCUCCCGCAAAUCUCCCGAGGCACUGUUACCCGUCCUCAAAGGACUGCCUUUCACUUCGCUGUCCAUGGCGGCACGCACAUUGGGACGACCUUCACCGUAUCCUGCAAACAUUGUCAACUUGCUUCUGGAUUUCUUAAAGGAAUCCACGACGACCGUCCUCACAUUCAAGUCCCACAGACUGCAAGCUCGUGAGAUUGCUCUCAUAAUAAGUGCUAUAAAAGAGUGCAACUACCACGUCCAAAGCCUUGACAUGGACUGGGCUGUCAAGUACAGACGAGAUAAGUGCAGACUAAGCGAAUGGCGUCACAGCGUCAUCGAUCGUAACAUGGCCGCCAACUUGAGAAUCAAACGCUACCUCGUCCUCGAUGGCCAGCAAGACGAGCCCCAGACGAUGUCCCCCAUUUGCCAGCUGCCUGCUGAACUUCGACUUAUGAUCGCGAGUCUUGUGUCUCCGCAAACUGGCCUUUGA